AUGAGUGCAGUGAAGAUUAGUAGUAUUUGUUGGGUGCCACAUUUUCUUUUGUUUCUUGUUGUUGUUUUAAAUUUAUUGCCAAAUGCAUUUUGUGUUGACGGGGAUGAUUAUAGUCAAACAGGCAACCCAGCAUUCCUUCCUAUUAUUACUGAUAUGAUCUAUAGAAGGCUUUCGAAUCUCUCUGUAGUGUUCAGCGAUGAUAUAAAGGAUACUCUGAGCUUUUGCAUCAAGAAUGUGAAUGCUGAUUGGACAGGAGCGUUCAAUUUUGAAGGAGAUUUGGAUUUCAUAACUAAUUGUAUCAAGAAGACUAAAGGAGAUGUCACUCAGAGACUUUGUACAGCAGCAGAAAUCAAAUUCUACUUCAGUGGUCUCUUUGGGAAGGGGACAACAGGCCAGACUCAUUACUUAAAACCAAAUAAGAACUGCAAUUUGACCUCUUGGACUAAUGGUUGUGAACCAGGAUGGGGUUGCUCUACUAAUCCAAAUCAGAAAGUCGAUCUCAGUAAUUUGAAGGACAUGCCUUUAAGGACUCAUGACUGUCAACCGUGUUGUGAGGGAUUUUUCUGCCCCCAAGGUCUUACCUGCAUGAUACCCUGCCCAUUAGGUUCUUAUUGUCCAUCUGCAAAGCUUAAUAAAACUACCGGAAUGUGUACCCCAUAUGGUUACCAAAUACCUCCUGGGCAACCAAAUCAUACUUGUGGUGGUGCAGAUGCAUGGGCUCCUGUUGUGACGAGUAGUGAAAUUUUCUGUGCACCAGGAUCAUACUGCCCAAGAACCACACUUAAAGUUCCUUGCAGUAGUGGACAUUACUGCAGGAUGGGUUCCACUUCUCAAUUAUCGUGCUUCAAGUUAGUCACAUGCCAUCCUAACACUGCAAAUCAAAAUCUUCAUGCGUAUGGGAUCAUGCUCAUUGUUGCAGUGACUACUCUUCUUCUCAUUAUUGUUAACUGCUCUGAUCAAGCUCUCUCUACACGAGAAAAAAAGCAGCUAAAUCCAGAGAAGCCGCUGCAAGGCAAGCACGAGAAACUGCACAAGCACGUGAAAGGUGGAAAAAUAUCUGGAUUUAAAGCAGAUCAACCGAAGGUUUCAGGUGCAGGUAAGUCUCAAACCGAGGCUGCUUCGUUACCUCCUAUGCCUUCAGGUACUUCAAGUGCAUCAUCUGAUAAAGCAAAGAAAAAAGAACAAAGCAGCCUGACAAAAAUGAUGCGUGCUCUUGAAGAUGAUCCCAAUAGUCAGGAAGGAUUUAAUUUGGAGAUUGGAGACAAGAAUAUAAAAAAACAAAUGCCAAAGGGUAAACAAUUGCAUUCUCACAGCCAAAUGUUUAAGUACGCAUAUGGCCAGAUUGAGAAGGAAAAAGCCAUGCAGCAGCACCAAAAUAACCUAACUUUCUCUGGAGUAAUUUCAAUGGCUACUGAUACUGAUGUCAAGACUAGGCCGGUGAUUGAGGUUGCAUUUAAGGAUUUAACCCUCACUUUGAAAGGAAAAAAGAAACAUCUGAUGAGGUGUGUGACUGGGAAAAUCAUGCCUGGCAGAGUUUCUGCUGUCAUGGGACCGUCAGGAGCUGGCAAGACCACUUUUCUUUCUGCUUUGGCGGGAAAAGCAACUGGAUGCACUAUGACAGGUUCAAUUCUCAUAAAUGGAAAGAAUGAACCAAUCCAUUCAUAUAGGAAAAUUAUUGGUUUCGUCCCACAAGAUGACAUUGUGCACGGGAACCUGACAGUGGAGGAAAAUCUGCGAUUCAGUGCAAGGUGCCGGUUAUCUGCCGACAUGCCAAAAGCUGAUAAGGUUCUGGUUAUUGAAAGAGUUAUUGAGGCCUUGGGACUGCAGACAGUGAGGGAUUCUUUGGUUGGGACAGUGGAGAAACGAGGAAUUUCUGGAGGCCAGAGGAAACGUGUAAAUGUUGGGCUUGAAAUGGUCAUGGAACCUUCACUAUUGAUUUUAGAUGAGCCUACAUCUGGUCUGGACAGUUCAUCGUCAUUGUUACUUAUAAGAGCUCUACGACGUGAAGCACUUGAAGGGGUAAACAUCUGCAUGGUAGUACAUCAACCAAGCUAUGCCCUAUUCAAGAUGUUUGAUGAUUUAAUACUUCUCGCGAAAGGUGGCCUCACUGUAUAUCAUGGAUCUGCAAAGAAAGUUGAAGAAUACUUUGCUGGCCUUGGGAUCACUGUACCAGAGCGUGUUACUCCUCCAGAUCACUACAUUGACAUUCUGGAGGGUAUAGUGAAAACAAGCUCAAAUGUGACUCAUGAACAACUACCUAUCAGAUGGAUGCUGCAUAACGGGUAUCCAAUACCCCGAGACAUGUUGCACUAUGCUGAUAGUAUCGGUGCAACCUCAACUGGCUUAAACCCGAGUGCUGCAGAGUCCACAGAACAAUCUUUUGCUGGGGAUCUAUGGGCAGAUGUUAUUUCUAAUGUUGAGCUUCAACGAGAUCAUAUAGAACACAACUUUUUGAAGUCUAAAGAUUUAUCCAACCGAAGAACUCCUGGAGUUUCCCGUCAGUAUAGAUAUUUCAUUGGAAGGGUUUGCAAGCAACGACUACGAGAAGCUAGAUUACAAGCAGUUGACUAUUUGAUUCUAUUACUUGCCGGAGCCUGCUUAGGAACUCUUGCUAAAGUGGACGAUGAAACUUUUGGGUCCCUUGGCUAUACUUACACUGUCAUUGCUGUUUCGCUACUAUGCAAGAUUGCAGCAUUACGAUCAUUUACACAGGAUAAAUUACAUUACUGGAGAGAGAGUGAAGCUGGAAUCAGCAGUCUAGCUUAUUUUCUAUCAAAAGAUACAGCUGAUCAUUUCAACACCAUUGUCAAGCCUCUAGUUUAUUUAUCCAUGUUUUAUUUCUUCAACAGUCCUAGAUCAACAUUUGCAGACAAUUAUGUAGUUCUUCUUUGCCUAGUGUACUGCGUGACUGGCAUAGCUUACAUAUUUGCAAUCUACUUUGCACCAGGUCCUGCCCAAUUGUGGUCAGUGCUUCUUCCUGUUGUCCUGACUCUUGUUGCAAAUCAGGGGCAAGAUAGUGGACUGGUGAAGCGUUUGGGAUACCUGUGCUACCCAAGGUGGGCUAUGGAAGCUUUUGUCAUUGCAAAUGCUGAAAGAUACUCCGGUGUCUGGUUGAUAACUCGCUGCAACUCGCUACUGGAAAAUGAUUACGAUCUUGGUCAUUGGGGUCUUUGUGUAGAACUUCUCAUUCUUACAGGCAUACUCAGCCGUUUUGUAGCCUUUUUCUUGUUGGUGACCUUCCAAAAGAAGUGA